CUGGACAGGUAGACCUGCCGCAUCCUGCGGUCCUCGUUUCACAUCAGACCUCUUUCUGGAGUUCACAAAGGAGACCUGCACAAAUGGAAGUUAUCAAGGCAAGAAAGUGAAAUAAAAAAGCAGCUCCAGAAAGGAAAGGAAAACUUCCAGUGCAUUUUCCAUGCCCAGUGAGCAGGUGUCUGUGGGUCACAAACUAUGUUUGUUUCAGGCUGUGCUGAAAAUGUUUCCCUUGCUAAUAUGCCAGUGGGUUUUAUAACUUCUCAGCUGGCCUGUAAAGGCAAACGAUCUGACUUUCAGUGUUGUCUUCCUUGUCAUAUCUGCUGUGUUUUGGUUUUAAUCAGAUGGUUUUGUUAAAGCAGGGCUUGCUGAAGUUCAUUGCACCGUGUUUAGCAUGGAGAGGAGCACAAUAUUUACAUAUGAAAUUGGAAACUUCUUGUACACAGCAGCAAAAUCAGCUCUCCAAAACAAGAUGUAUUGGCAAAUCAGUCUGACCCUGCUUGUGCUAUUGGACUUUCUUCAGAUGGCAGUUGCCCACUGUAUGCUCCAUCAAAUUCCUUCCAGGAACUUUACAUUACCCUGUAUGCUGCUAAAUGAAACAGUUUUGAGUCCUUUCUCUGUUGGAGUUGUAGAGAGCUGGUCUGGUUUGAGGAGAGGGCAUGGAGCAUCCAAAACCGAACCUCCCUUGCUAAUGGAUGAAGAAAGUUUUCUGUGCUGCCUUUGGAAUGAUAGCAACAUUGAUUGUUCUUUGUACAGAGCAAGCAUGCAAGCAAGGAAGUUUAUUCCUUCAGAAAUAAGUAGCUCUGCUUCUCAGGAAAAAGAUUCAAAUUGGACCAUUGAAUGUUGGACUAAAGGCAAGCUGGACCUGCUGGUUUGUACUCUGAAGUUUUUGAAGCUGAACUUGAGAGAUGACCUGAAGGUUAAUCUUUUCUAUACUGUGUCAGAGCUGUCUCUGGGGGAUGUAUCUACGAGCUUUCUGAAGGGGACUGUCAUGGCUGCUCAGUGUGACUGCAGUGAGUAUGAUGGGUGUGAGUGCUGUGUGCCUGCCCUGAGACUCAACUACACUUACAUCAUGUGGCUGAAGAUGAUGGUUGGUGUUACACCUCUGUGGUCACCUUUGAUGUCAGUCAAGCCCAUAGACGUAGUCAAGCCUGAACCUCCUUUGAACCUGCAUCUAGAAAUGACAGAGGAAGGUCAAAUGAAGAUCUGCUGGUCCGACCCUUUGUUGAUGCCAUACCCACUUCAGUAUGAAGUGAAGAUCUCUGCAAACUCAGGUCAAAACAGCUGGCAGAUGGUUCAAGUUGCUCUGGAAACCUCACUAGCCAUAGACAAUACACUGCUUGGGUCUUCAUACUUAGUUCAAGUGCGGUGCAGGAAUCAUCAUGGUCCAGGGUUCUGGAGUGACUGGAGCACACCAUACAACCUCAGCUUAGGAGCUCAAGUCCUGUACUUCCCUCCUAAGCUACUGACCGGUGUUGGUUCUAAUGUUUCCUUUCAUUGCAUCUACAAAAAUACAACCAAGCUUGUAGCAUCCAAGAAGAUUGUCUGGUGGCUGAACUUAGUACAAGAAAUCCCACAAAGUCAGUAUACGCUUGUGAAUGACCGUGUAAGCAAAGUUACUCUUUUCAACUUGAAAGCAACAAAACCUAGAGGAAGUUUCUUCUAUAACGCAUUGUACUGUUGUCAUCAAAAUAGGGAAUGUCAUCAUAGAUACGCUGAAUUAUAUGUAGUAGAUAUGAAUAUUAAUAUCACCUGUGAAACGGAUGGGUACUUAACUAAAAUGACUUGCAGAUGGUCUGCAAACCCAAACACUGUGCUCCUGGGGAGUUCCUUGCAGUUAAGAUACCACAGGAGCAGAAUUUAUUGUUCCGACUUUCCAAGUACAUCUCCAAAAUCAGAGGUGAAAGAAUGUCAUUUGCGGAAGAACCAUUCUUACGAGUGCACAUUUCAGCCUAUUUUUCUUUUAUCUGGAUAUACCAUGUGGAUAGAAUUUAAGCACUUACUAGGAACACUUGAAUCCUCACCAACUUGUGUCAUUCCAGCUGAUGUGGUGAAGCUGCUUCCUCCCUCCAGUGUUAAAGCAGAACUCACCAGGAAUGUUGGGCUGCUGAAUGUGAGCUGGACAAACCCUCUGUUUGCAAACAGUGAUCUGAAAUUUCAGAUUCGGUAUGCUGUGAACAGGGAGGAAAUGAUGUGGGAGCUUUAUGAAGUUUCAAAUGCACCCACAAGAUCAGCUGUGAUAGAAGUUCAAAACCUUUGUGUUGAGUAUGUCGUUCAGGUCCGGUGCAGGGAGCUGGAUGGAUCAGGCUACUGGAGCAACUGGAGCAGAUCAGCCUAUACCCUUGUAAAAGAUAUCAAAGCUCCCUUACAGGGCCCUGAAUUUUGGAGGAUUAUUACUGAAGAUCCAGCAAGGAGGCAGAAGAAUGUUACACUCCUAUGGAAGCCACUGAUGAAGAGUCACUCCUUGUGCAGUGUGAGCCGCUACGUUAUACAGCAUCAGACAUCAGGAAACACCACAUGGUCAGAGUAUGUUGACAAUGGCACUACCUGUUCAUUUCCAUGGACUGAGCACACGCACACCAUUACUGUUCUGGCCAUGAAUUCAGUUGGAGUUUCUUCAGUUAAUUUUAAUUUAACUCUAUCCCAGCAAAUGAGCACAGUGAGUGUUGUGCGGUCCCUCAGCGCUUACCCAGUGAACAGCACUUGUGUGAUUCUGAUCUGGACACUCUCCCCUCAAAUAUACGUGGUAACGUCUUUUAUUAUUGAGUGGAAGAACCUUAACAAAGAAGAGGAGAUGAAAUGGGUGCGAGUUCCUCCAAAUAUCAGUAAAUAUUACAUUUAUGACCACUUUAUCCUGAUCGAGAAGUACCAGUUCAGCCUGUAUCCUGUGUUUGCUGGAGGAGUUGGCAAACCCAGAGCAACAGAUCAGUUUACCAAAGCUGGAUAUGAAAAUGAGAACAAUGCCAACCUCUAUGUGGUUCUGCCAAUAGUCAUUUCAACCUCAGGUUUGUUGCUUGGAGCACUGCUGGUUUCACACCAAAGAAUGAAGAAGCUGUUUUGGGAAGAUGUUCCAAACCCCAAGAACUGCUCCUGGGCACAAGGAGUUAAUUUUCAGAAGCCUGAAACUUUUGAGCAUCUCUUCAUCAAGCACCCCGAAGCAAUGUCAUUCGAGCCUCUUCUUCUGGAACCAGCAAUAGUGCUGGAAGACAUCAGUGUCACUGAAGUCUUGAAGAAGGAAGAUUCUCAAGACUUUUUAGUCAUUGAUUCCAUGUUUGCAACACCACAAGACUCUGCACAUGACUCUGCUUGCUCCAGCAGCCACUUCCAUAGUAGCAGCUUCUCUGAGAGCUCCCACGAUGGCCAAAGCAGUGCAGAACUGACAGGGGAGUCUGAUAUUAAAUACGCUACUGUCCUCAGUAGCUCCAGAUUAAGUGGGCUUUAUGAACACAAAGUGAGGCCAAGAAGUUGCUUUGAUAGAUGCCUCUUAGCUGAAGACUCCUCAGCUACAGGCUCCUUCUCAAGCAGCCCCUGGGUGGUGAGAAACGGGGCAUUUCUGGUACUCCCCGAUGCUCCCAUCAGGCAGCCCAAGACUCUCUCCCUGUCCCUCAUCUCUUCAGAGGGAUUUUCAGAGCCUUCAGAUCAUGAUGAUGCUUUCCCAGAUGGAGACAGCCCUGAGCAGAGCUUGUGUUACCUGGGAAUAACGUCACUGGGAAAAAGGGAGAAUGAUGUUUUCUUAACGGACAGCUCCGGAGUGAUGUGUCAGUUGCAUGCAAUGGAUCUGCUCCAGGAUGGGGGGGUUCUGCAGCACACACCACCUCAUUUAAAUGCCUUUAUCCAAAGCAGCCUUCAGUACAAAGUCAUCAUGCCAUACAUGCCACAGUUCCAGAUGACUGCAGCCAAGGUGCAGGAGAGCACGGAGAAGACCUCUGAAGUCACCACACCAUAACUUGAUGCACUUAAUGGUGUUUUAGGUGUUGGUAUGUUCUCCUGUUUUCCCUUUGCUGACUGGUUGCAGGAGUUCUCCUGAUUUGAAGCUGGGUAACUGGUUCUGGAUUUGAGUGCCAGGGUUUUAGCAGGAAGAAGUUCCAUUUCUUCACCUAUUUUUCAAGUGGGGGGCCUUGCUUUUGGGAUUUGUUUGUGUUCAGACGAGCCUCUGGUGCCAUAAUCUCUGUGUCAAUGCCUGUCAGGUGUAUGUGCGAGCCCUCCAGUGAAGAGCUGCACUUGGAACGGGACUCAGUGCCAUGGACAUUCAGGUGAAAGGACUGGAUGUGAUCCCAACGGACUGUGUUUUCCAUAGCAGAGUGUGUCUGUUGGCAGCACAGAUCCACACACACACACACACAUUUCUUCUCUCCUCAAACAUCACAGCAAACUGUCCUGAAAGAGCUUGUUCUUGGUUUAGGGUUUGCUUUGGGACCUCAAGGGCAAGACAGGAAGGAGUGAGCUAACAUGGAGGUUGAAAUAUGUACAUGUGAGGUGUUUUUUUGGGGGGGAAAGCUGGAAUGAGUCAUUUCCCUGGGAAUGAUUUGUGACACUGAGUGCAACAGGGUGAGUUGACCUGGAUGCGGUGCAGACUCCAGGCUACGAUACACUUAAGCUGGUGGGAAAUGGAUGCACUGUACAAAUACCAAACAUAAUUGUUAGGCUUUUUUUCCUCCCAGAUCCUGAUGUAUUUAUUGCUGAGCUGACAUCUGGGUUAAACAGAGCUUGUGAAUACACAAAUGGUCCCCAUGAAAAAGCAGUGGGAACACUGUGUUUCAGCUGCUGGAAGGGAGGCCCUGAUCCAGGACAGCUAACCCUGUUACAAGGGUCUCUAUUAAAGUGAAUUGAAAAUACUCAUCAGCAGCAGCAAAGAGCAUCUUAAGGUCAGAGGAAAGAAUCAAAACUCUUGUGGCUGCCUUAAUUGUGGGGUGUUAUCCAGGUAAAACCAUGUACUUGGAAGUAAAAUGUCCAUGUUCUUCUUGUUGAGCAUGGGAUUCUAGUACAAAUGGUACUGCUGCCAAACUAACAUCAUUUCCAACCCCCUUUCCUAAGAGCCUGCGGUGGCACAGGCAGUGGUUUGAUCCUGUUUUGAUCUGUGUUGAGCUGUUCUGCCUGCAUGGACUUGGAGACAUCACUUUGCCUUCACAAACCCUAUGCUGCUCAGCUGGAAAGCUUCAGGUGGGAGGAAAACCGCAUCUUGCAUCUGAGCUGUAUUUUCUGGGAUGAGCAGGUAAAGAAACUACACUUGUUGGAAAGCCAAGCGUAUCUUUUUCUAUUUGAUAGUAAAUAUUUUUGUAGACAUUCCAAAGAGCUAUUUUGAGGAGCUAAGAGAGAUGAAUAUAUUCUGUAUUCCAAAGCUAAAUUCAUGGAAAACUCACAUAGGUACUUAAACCCAAAAGGGCAAACCCCAGCAAUGAUAGUACAUGGUAGAGAGGUGUGGAAACACUGAGUAUUAGCAGUAUGAGAUCCUAAAGAGCAGAAGGGACCACAGCACGUGUGUGUCUGCACUUUGGAGUUAAGCUGAGCUUUACCAAAGCCCCCACAGCUUUUUCUUACUGAAUGUGACACAGAUCCAAUGUACUUGUUCCGGAGCUGUUGUGUGGGAUUAAAACCUGCUUUGUGUGAGUGACCAGACACCGUUGUCACUUGAAAAUGGGCUUGGAGGCUGCAGGGACAAACCAGAAGGUUCCUGCAGAGUCCCAGCAGCAAAGCUGUGAUCAGCACCCAGGUGAAUGCUGAACUUGGAACUCACGUCAGAACAGAACUCCCUCCUGCUGGCAUGUGAACCUGAUGUGAUGCAACCUCUGCGGUCCCAUGAUUCCCCUGGGAAUGGGCUCGGGUGCUGGAUUCUGCCUCUCCUGAUGGCUUGUCCACCAGAUCCAGCAUUCCCUGAAGGGGGGGGGGGGCUGGUGAAGCUUGGCUGCCCCCACACUGUGCCACCUAAUGCCACAUGGGUUCGCUUGUGGUGUGACCAAAUUUGGGGUCUCUGCACAUCAGCCUGGAUCUCUGCACAUCAGCCUUCUCCUCUUGCUAGCCUGGGGUGCAGAGUAAUGGGAACCACUGAAACAUGGUUGUGUGAGAGCUGGAGACUGGAAGAAUAAAUGUGGGGUUCACCAUCA